CCCGGAAGUGUACAUGUUGUUGUGUUGUCGAUUCUAAUGCGAAGAUGUCUGAGCACGAGCACUUGUCCAUCUGUUUGUGUAAUUUAAUCAGAUUGUUGUGGUCGCUGCUCUUGCCAUGCUUCUACCUGUGUCUCGUCCUGACGGGAGUGCUUUUCCUGUUCAUUGCCGGGAUUCGCACUUGGCUUCAGUCCAACAGGAAAGCACGCCGAGCUCGAGAUGGACGACCCGCUGUCGCCUUCUUCCACCCAUAUUGUAACGCAGGAGGUGGAGGAGAGAGGGUGCUCUGGUGUGCCAUUCGAGCCCUGCAGAACAGGUACACGGAUGUGGAUUUUGUAAUUUACACGGGCGAUCAAGGUGUUACGGGCGAACAGAUUGUGGAUGGUGCGCGUCGCCGCUUUAACAUCCGCCUACCACGUCCGGUCCGCUUUAUCUUCCUGAAACACCGGCUUUUGGUGGAGGCCAGUCUUUACCCCCACUUCACCCUGCUGGGCCAGAGCAUCGGCUCACUUUUCCUCGGCUGGGAAGCACUCACGGAAUUUACACCCGAUCUCUGUAUCGACUCCAUGGGCUACGCUUUCACGCUGCCCGUCUUCCGUUACCUGAGUGGAUGCAGAGUGGCGAGCUACGUGCACUACCCCACCAUCAGCACAGACAUGCUGUCGGUGGUUCGUGACCGAAACCCCAGGUUCAACAAUGCAGACUACAUCAGUAAUAACCCUAUUCUGAGUGCCAUUAAAGUGGUGUAUUACUGCGUCUUCGCCCUGCUGUACGGUCUCGCCGGCUCCUGCAGUGACGUGAUCAUGGUGAACUCCACCUGGACACUGGGUCACAUCCUGGCACUGUGGCGUGCCCCGAACCGCACCAGCGUCAUCUACCCACCCUGCGAUGUCCAGGCCUUCCUUGACGUCCCCUUGGAGGAGGAGGAUGAGGAGGACAAAGAUGGAGACAGGAAGUGCCGCUCCAUAGUGUCAGUGGCCCAGUUUCGACCAGAGAAGGACCACAGGCUGCAGGUCAGAGCUUUCCAGAAACUUCUGGACAGAUAUAGAGAGGAGCCUGGCAGGAGGGAACUGGUGAAGCUGGUCCUGAUUGGUGGAUGCCGGAACCAGGAAGACGAGGAUAGAGUGCUGAUGCUGAGGGGGCUGUGCCAGGAGCUGGGUGUAGCCGAUAGGGUGGAGUUUAAGCUGAACAUCCCAUUUGAAGAGUUGAAGAAGGAGUUGGUGGACGCUACGAUCGGCCUGCACACCAUGUGGAACGAACAUUUUGGCAUCGGUGUGGUUGAAUGCAUGGCCGCUGGGACAGUGAUUCUGGCCCACAGGUCUGGUGGUCCUAAGCUGGAUAUCGUGGUGCCAUAUGAUGGCGCAAUCACAGGUUUCCUGGCUGAUGAUGAAGAAAGCUACGCUGAUGCCAUGGAGCGAAUCUUCACCAUGACUCCCGCAGCACGACUUGAGAUCCGGCGUCGCGCACGUCAGUCCGUCAGCCGCUUCUCUGAUCAGGAGUUUGAAGUGUCCUUCUUGGCAGCCAUAGAGCCUCUGAUGGGCACUUUGGAACGAUGAAGUUUGAGGAGGACGGAGGCUGUUCCAUGCCUCAUUCAGAGCUCGUUACAACUGACUUAAAGUUCAUACACUUUUGUUCAUAGUGCAGGCAUGUUCAUGUGGCACACAACAUUCCCGUAUGUGAAAAAUCCAAAUGGACUGGCUUUUCUUUUGAGGUUGGUGUCUUCAGAAAACCGAGAUGUAUUGUGGUUACAAAAAAAAAAAAUGCUUUAAUUUUAAAGUAGCAUUGCACUUGAGCUAGCUAGCUGGCAAAUAUACAGUACUUUCGUAACGUGAUCCAAAAAGAUAAGCUGUUUUCAUCUGAUCCAAGACUGACCUCAAAUAGACGAAAAAUAAAUAAAUAAAAACUGCCCUCUGAUCAGCUGUUAAAGAGAAAUUUUGCUCGUGUGCUUGGCACGGGGAAGCUGAAAUGGCUCGAGUCCAGGAAGCACACUGCAGACAGACUGACUGUUUGGUUUGUUUCAGAACACACUGCUGUUUCAUGUUUAUUUUUUGUCUUCUUUCGUUUUGUCUCAUUUGUAUCUGGGUCAGAGGCCGUCUUUUGAAAACGUCUGCUUUACAACUCGUGUGAUCGUGAAUAUGCAUUUUCUUUCUUUUUUUAAUUUAACCUCCUAGGGCUUAGCGGUCACAUACGUGGACAGCACUUUUUAGAAAUUCAGAACAAGAAUCCACAUAUGUGGACAUACUUUUUCUCAAAAAGUACAUCUUAUCAAAGAUGAUGCUUAGUUUUUUCUAAUCAGGUUCUAAUAAGCCCAAAUAGCAAAAAGAAAUAAAAAAUG